AUCCCACCCCCCAAAAUAAGACGGUGUUCAAACCCCCAAAUCCCACACCGGCCGCCACCAAAAGCUCCGCCAUUCCCAUUCCCAUUCCCAUCCCCAGCGAUAAUAGGCCUCCUCCUCUCCCCCUAAACCAAAACCAAAACCAAAACCUCCCCUCCCGAGUCCGACCGGCCGAUCCGCUUCUCCCGCGCCCCGCCGGUGGAGGUUUCGAGGCCGGUGCGGCGGCGGGAUUCCGGCGGCGCUGGCCCUCGGCUGCGAAUCCGGCGUCGGCGCGGCGAAGGCGCGUCGUGCGCGGGCGCCUGCUGCUGCAAUGAGGCGGCGCUCCGUGCUGCCGUCCCACCACGACGACGCGGAGAAGGGCGGCGGGAAGCCGCCGCAGUCGCGCCUCUGCUUCCUCGCCACGCUCUGCGUCAUGUUCUGGGUCCUCAUCUUCUACUUCCACUUCUCCGUCCUCGCCCCCGACCCCGACGCGCGGCCCGUCGCCGUCGCCACCCAGGCCCGCAUUGCCCACGACCACCUCCCGGACCGCGUCUUCAACCACGACGGCCUUCUCCGCACCCCGCCCGCCGCCGUCGGCAAGGAGGAGGCGCCCGCCGCCGUCGUCGGCAAGGAAGAGGCGCCUGUGGCGGUCGUCGGCAAGGAGGAGGCGCCCGCGGCUGUCGUCGGCAAGGAGGAGGCGCCCGCGGCCGUCGUCGGUAAGGAGGCGCCCGCGGCCGUCGUCGAGAAGGAGGAGGCGCCCGCCGCCGUCGUCGAGAAGGAGGAGGCGCCUGUGGCCGUCGUCGGCAAGGAGGAGGUGCCCGCGGCCGUCGUCGGCAAGGAGGAGGCGCCCGCGGCCGUCGCCGAGAAGGAGGAGGCGCCCCCGAAGGAGUACCCGUUCCAGCGGGCGCUCAAGAUGGCGGAGAACGCGAGCGACCCGUGCGGCGGCCGGUACAUCUACGUGCACGAGCUGCCGCCGCGCUUCAACGAGGACAUGCUCCGGGAGUGCCACAGCCUCAGCGUCUGGACCAACAUGUGCAAGUUCACGGGCAACGACGGUCUCGGCCCGCCGCUGAGCAACGAGGACGGUGUUUUCUCCAACACCGGCUGGUAUGCCACCAACCAGUUCGCCGUCGAUGUCAUCUUCGGCAACCGGAUGAAGCAGUACGAGUGCCUCACCAAGGACUCGUCCAUCGCCGCGGCGGUGUUCGUGCCCUUCUACGCCGGGUUUGAUGUGGCAAGGUAUCUCUGGGGGUAUAACAUUUCGAUGAGGGACGCUGCGCCGCAUGAUCUGGUGGAUUGGUUGAGGAAGAGGCCCGAGUGGAAUGUGAUGGGUGGGCGUGACCAUUUCUUGGUUGGGGGAAGGAUUGCGUGGGAUUUCAGGCGAUUGACAGACGAAGAAUCUGACUGGGGCAACAAGCUGCUGUUCAUGCCGGCUGCGAAGAAUAUGUCAAUGCUGGUGGUGGAGUCAAGCCCAUGGAAUGCCAAUGAUUUUGCGGUGCCAUAUCCGACUUACUUUCACCCUGCCAAAGAUGAGGAUGUUUUCCUUUGGCAAGAUAGAAUGAGGAGCCUGGAGAGGCCAUGGCUGUUCUCAUUCGCAGGGGCUCCUCGUCCUGGUGAUCCAAUGUCUAUCAGAGGGCAGCUCAUCGAUCAGUGCAGGACAUCAAGUUUCUGUAAAUUGUUGGAGUGUGACCUUGGAGAGAGCAAGUGCCACUCCCCAAGUGCAAUCAUGAAGAUGUUCCAGAGCUCUUUAUUCUGCUUGCAGCCCCAGGGUGAUUCCUAUACUAGAAGAUCUGCCUUCGACUCAAUGUUGGCUGGCUGCAUACCUGUUUUCUUCCAUCCUGGUUCAGCAUAUGUCCAGUAUACAUGGCAUCUUCCGAAGAAUUAUACGAGUUACUCGGUCUUCAUCCCUGAAGGUGGCGUCCGUGAUGGAAAUGUCAGUGUUGAGGAGAUACUGAGAAGUAUCCAUCCAGACGUUGUCAAGCAGAUGAGAGAAGAGGUUAUAAAUCUCAUACCAAAGGUGAUAUAUGCUGAUCCAAGGUCGAAACUGGAAACGCUAAAGGACGCGUUUGAUGUUUCGGUUUCGGCAAUCAUCAACAAAGUGACACAAUUGAGAAGAGAUAUCAUCUCUGGCAGCGAAGAUAAAGAUUUUAUUGAAGAGAAUAGCUGGAAGUAUGAACUGUUAGAAGGACAGCGGACAGUUGGACCUCAUGAGUGGGAUCCAUUCUUCUCGAAGCCCAAGCCCAAAGACAAGGGUGCAGAUUCUGGUAAUUCAUCAGCUGAAGCGGCCAAGAAUUCUUGGAAAAUCGAACGAGGAGACCAGAAUUAGACCGCACAGCUGACUGCUCUUAGAGAUGAGCAAAACAGCUAUCCUAGCUGACGGUGCUCUGAUGCAAAUCCGCGGUAAAGAAUCCUUAGAUGCUGUAGCCUUGGUGAUCAUGUAUGUUGUUGAUGAUCCAGCCCCUGCAGCCGGUGUAAGAAAUGUUACCACCAAAAGUCCUUGAGAAAAUAUGGCACAUGGCCUUUCCUUUGCCUCUACAGAUAUACUUUUUCAUACUAGAAUUUUCAUUUGUUUCGUUUGCCCAAUAACGCUAUGUAAAUCCUUGCAAGAUCUAGUGGUAUGUCAAUUUUGUUGCUGUCCUGUUUUCA